AUGGCGGCGGUGGAGGGUUUGUCCAAGAUCCCUGAGGUGGAUAUUGACCCGGACGGCGUGUUUAAAUACGUGUUAAUCCGGGUCCACGUGAAGCACGGCUCCGAGGAUUACCGAGACAUCGUGCGCGGUUACGGCUGGGCCGAGUACCACGGUGAGCGAGCGCUCCAUGACCCAGCAUGCAUAGCUAGCGGGGCUGCCGCAAGGCAUGCCGGGAGAUGUAGUCCAUGGUAUCAGCAUGCUAUCAGGUCUCCAUGUGACAGCCCUGUGUGUCUCCUAUGGAGGGGACAGGCUGCUCAUCUGACACUUUAACAAUGGCUGUUAUCAUAAAAUCACCUGGGAUCCUCUAACCACAUAGGGAUCCUCUAACCACAGGGGCAGGUUACCCAUAGGGAUCCUCUAACCACAGGGGCAGGUUACCCAUAGGGAUCAGCUAACCCCAGGGGCAGGUUACCCAUAGGGAUCAGCUAACCACAUUGGGAUCAGCUAACCACAGGGGCAGGUUACCCAUAGGGAUCAUCUAACCACAGGGGUAGGUUACCCAUAGGGAUCAGCUAACCCCAGGGGCAGGUUACCCAUAGGGAUCCUCUAACCACAUAGGGAUCAGCUAACCACAUAGGGAUCAGCUAACCACAGGGGCAGGCUACCCAUAGGGAUCAGCUAACCCCAGGGGCAGGUUACCCAUAGGGAUCAGCUAACCCCAGAGGGCAGGUUACCCAUAGGGAUCAGCUAACCCUAGGGGCAGGUUACCCAUAGGGAUCAGCUAACCACAGGGGCAGGUUACCCAUAGGGAUCAUCUAACCACAGGGGCAGGUUACCCAUAGGGAUCAGCUAAUCCCAGGGGCAGGUUACCCAUAGGUAUCAGCUAACCACAUAGGGAUCAGCUAACCCCAGGGGCAGGUUACCUGUAGGGAUCAGCUAACCCCAGGGGCAGGUUACCCGUAGGGAUCAACUAACCCCAGGGGCAGGUUACCCGUAGGGAUCAGCUAACCCCAGGGGCAGGUUACCCGUAGGGAUCAGCUAACCCCAGGGGCAGGUUACCCGUAGGGAUCAGCUAACCCCAGGGGCAGGUUACCCGUAGGGAUCAGCUAACCCCAGGGGCAGGUUACCCGUAGGGAUCAGCUAACCCCAGGGGCAGGUUACCCGUAGGGAUCAGCUAACCACAGGGGCAGGUUACCCGUAGGGAUCAGCUAACCCCAGGGGCAGGUUACCCAUAGGGAUCAGCUAACCCCAGGGGCAGGUUUCCCAUAGGGAUCAGCUAACCCCAGGGACAGGUUACCCAUAGGGAUCAGCUGACCACAGGGGUAGGUUACCCAUAGGGAUCAUCUAACCACAGGGGUAGGUUACCCAUAGGGAUCCUCUAACCACAGGGGCAGGUUACCCAUGGGGAUCCUCUAACCACAGGGGCAGGUUACCCAUGGGGAUCCUCUAACCACAGGGGCAGGUUACCCAUAGGGAUCAGCUAACCCCAGGGGCAGGUUACCCAUAGGGAUCAGCUAACCCCAGGGGCAGGUUACCCAUAGGGAUCCUCUAACCCCAGGGGCAGGUUACCCAUAGGGAUCAUCUAACCCCAGGGGCAGGUUACCCAUAGGGAUCAUCUAACCCCAGGUGCAGGUUACCCAUAGGGAUCAGCUAACCACAUAGGGAUCAUCUAACCACAGGGGCAGGUUACCCAUAGGGAUCAUCUAACCACAGGGGCAGGUUACCCAUAGGGAUCCUCUAACCACAGGGGCGGGUUACCCAUAGGGAUCCUCUAACCACAGGGGCGGGUUACCCAUAGGGAUCAUCUAACCACAGGGGCGGGUUACCCAUAGGGAUCAUCUAACCACAGGGGCGGGUUACCCAUAGGGAUCAGCUAACCACAGGGGCAGGUUACCCAUAGGGAUCAGCUAACCACAGGGGCAGGUUACUCAUAGGGAUCAUCUAACCACAGGGGCAGGUUACCCAUAGGGAUCAGCUAACCACAUAGGGAUCAGCUAACCACAGGGGCAGGUUACCCAUAGGGAUCCUCUAACCCCAAGGGCAGGUUACCCAUAGGGAUCAUCUAACCCUAUGGGCAGGUUACCCAUAGGAAUCAGCUAACCACAGGGGCAGGUUACCCAUAGGGAUCAGCUAACCACAGGGGCAGGUUACCCAUAGGGAUCAGCUAACCACAGGGGCAGGUUACUCAUAGGGAUCAUCUAACCACAGGGGCAGGUUACCCAUAGGGAUCAGCUAACCACAUAGGGAUCAGCUAACCACAGGGGCAGGUUACCCAUAGGGAUCCUCUAACCCCAAGGGCAGGUUACCCAUAGGGAUCAUCUAACCCUAUGGGCAGGUUACCCAUAGGAAUCAGCUAACCACAGGGGCAGGUUACCCAUAGGGAUCAGCUAACCACAGGGGCAGGUUACCCAUAGGGAUCAUCUAACCACAGGGGCAGGUUACCCAUAGGGAUCAGCUAACCCCAGUGGCAAGUUACCCAUAGGGAUCCUCUAACCACAUAGGGAUCAGCUAACCACAUAGGGAUCGGCUAGCCACAGGGGCAGGUUACCCAUAGGGAUCAGCUAACCCCAUAGGCAGGUUACCAAUAGGGAUCAGCUAACCCCAGAGGGCAGGUUACCCAUAGGGAUCAUCUAACCACAGGGGCAGGUUACCCAUAGGGAUCAGCUAACCACAGAGGCAGGUUACCCAUAGGGAUCAUCUAACCACAGGGGCAGGUUACCCAUAGGGAUCAGCUAAUCCCCGGGGCAGGUUACCCAUAGGGAUCAGCUAACCACAUAGGGAUCAGCUAACCCCAGGGGCAGGUUACCCGUAGGGAUCAGAUAACCCCAGGGGCAGGUUACCCGUAGGGAUCAGCUAACCCCAGGGGCAGGUUACCCAUGGGGAUCAACUAACCCCAGGGGCAGGUUACCCAUAGGGAUCAGCUAACCCCAGGGGCAGGUUACCCAUAGGGAUCAGCUAACCCCAGGGGCAGGUUACCCAUAGGGAUCAGCUAACCCCAGGGGCAGGUUACCCAUAGGGAUCUGCUAACCACAGGGGUAGGUUACCCAUAGGGAUCAGCUAACCCCAGGGGCAGGUUACCCACAGGGAUCCUCUAACCACAUAGGGAUCAGCUAACCCCAGGGGCAGGUUACCCAUAGGGAUCAGCUAACCCCAGGGGCAGGUUACCCAUAGGGAUCAGCUAACCACAUAGCGAUCAGCUAACCACAGGGGCAGGUUACCCAUAGGGAUCCUCUAACCCCAGGGGCAGGUUACCCAUAGGAAUCAUCUAACCCCAUGGGCAGGUUACCCAUAGGGAUCAGCUAACCACAGGGGCAGGUUACCCAUAGGGAUCAGCUAACCACAGGGGCAGGUUACCCAUAGGGAUCAUAUAACCCCAUGGGCAGGUUACCCAUAGGGAUCAUCUAACCCCAGGGGCAGGUUACCCAUAGGGAUCAGCUAACCACAGGGGCAGGUUACCCAUGGAGAUCAGCUUACCACAUAGGGAUCAUCUAACCACAGGGGCAGGUUACCCAUAGGGAUCAUCUAACCACAGGGGCAGGUUACCCAUAGGGAUCAUCUAACCACAGGGGUAGGUUACCCAUAGGGAUCCUCUAACCCCAUGGACAGGUUACCCAUAGGGAUCAGCUAACCACAUAGGGAUCAGCUAACCACAGGGGCAGGUUACCCAUAGGGAUCCUCUAAUCCCAGGGGCAGGUUACCCAUAGGGAUCAUCUAACCCCAUGGGCAGGUUACCCAUAGGGAUCAGCUAACCGCAGGGGCAGGUUACCCAUAGGGAUCAACUAACCACAGGGGCAGGUUACCCAUAGGGAUCAUCUAACCCCAUGGGCAGGUUACCCAUAGGGAUCAUCUAACCCCAGGGGCAGGUUACCCAUAGGGAUCAGCUAACCACAGGGGCAGGUUACCCAUGGGGAUCAGCUAACCACAAGGGCAGGUUACCCAUAGGGAUCCUCUAACCCCAGGGGCAGGUUACCCAUAGGGAUCCUCUAACCCCAUGGACAGGUUACCCAUAGGGAUCAGCUAACCACAAGGGCAGGUUACCCAUAGGGAUCCUCUAACCCCAGGGGCAGGUUAUCCAUAGGGAUCCUCUAACCCCAUGGACAGGUUACCCAUAGGGAUCAUCUAACACCAGGGACAGGUUACCCAUAGGGAUCAGCUAACCACAUAGGGAUCAGCUAACUACAGGGGCAGGUUACCCAUAGGGAUCAGCUAACCACAUAGGGAUCAGCUAACCACAGGGGCAGGUUACCCAUAGGGAUCAUCUAACCACAGGGGCAGGUUACCCAUAGGGAUCAUCUAACCACAGGGGUAGGUUACCCAUAGGGAUCAGCUAACCACAGGGGCAGGUUACCCAUAGGGAUCCUCUAACCACAUAGGGAUCAGCUAACCACAUAGGGAUCAGCUAACCACAGGGGCAGGUUACCCAUAGGGAUCAUCUAACCCCAGGGGCAGGUUACCCAUAGGGAUCAUCUAACCCCAGGGGCAGGUUACCCAUAGGGAUCAGCUAACCACAUAGGGAUCAGCUAACCACAGGGGCAGGUUACCCAUAGGGAUCAGCUAACCACAUAGGGAUCAGCUAACCACAGGGGCAGGUUACCCAUAGGGAUCAUCUAACCACAGGGGCGGGUUACCCAUAGGGAUCAUCUAACCACAGGGGCGGGUUACCCAUAAGGUAUCCUCUAACCCCAGGGGCAGGUUACCCAUAGGGAUCAUCUAACCACAGGGGCAGGUUACCCAUAGGGAUCAACUAACCCCAGGGGCAGGUUACCCAUAGGGAUCAGCUAACCCCAGGGGCAGGUUACCCAUAGGGAUCAGCUAACCCCAGGGGCAGGUUACCCAUAGGGUUCAGCUAACCACAGGGGCAGGUUACCCAUAGGGAUCAACUAACCCCAGGGGCAGGUUACCCAUAGGGAUCAGCUAACCACAGGGGCAGGUUACCCAUAGGGAUCCUCUAACCCCAGGGGCAGGUUACCCAUAGGGAUCAUCUAACCCCAGGGGCAGGUUACCCAAAAGGAUCGGCUAACCACAGGGGCAGGUUACCCAUAGGGAUCAGCUAACCACAUUGGGAUCAGCUAACCACAGGGGCAGGUUACCCAUAGGGAUCAGCUAACCACAUUGGGAUCAGCUAACCACAGGGGCAGGUUACCCAUAGGGAUCAUCUAACCACAGGGGCAGGUUACCCAUAGGGAUCAUCUAACCACAGGGGUAGGUUACCCAUAUGGAUCACCUAACCACAGGGGUAGGUUACCCAUAGGGAUCAGCUAACCCCAGGGGCAGGUUACCCAUAGGGAUCCUCUAACCACAUAGGGAUCAACUAACCACAUAGGGAUCAGCUAACCACAGGGGCAGGCUACCCAUAGGGAUCAGCUAACCCCAGGGGCAGGUUACCCGUAGGGAUCAGCUAACCCCAGGGGCAGGUUACCCGUAGGGAUCAGCUAACCCCAGGGGCAGGUUACCCGUAGGGAUCAGCUAACCCCAGGGGCAGGUUACCCGUAGGGAUCAGCUAACCACAGGGGCAGGUUACCCGUAGGGAUCAGCUAACCCCAGGGGCAGGUUACCCAUAGGGAUCAGCUAACCCCAGGGGCAGGUUUCCCAUAGGGAUCAGCUAACCCCAGGGACAGGUUACCCAUAGGGAUCAGCUGACCACAGGGGUAGGUUACCCAUAGGGAUCAUCUAACCACAGGGGUAGGUUACCCAUAGGGAUCCUCUAACCACAGGGGCAGGUUACCCAUGGGGAUCCUCUAACCACAGGGGCAGGUUACCCAUAGGGAUCAGCUAACCCCAGGGGCAGGUUACCCAUAGGGAUCAGCUAACCCCAGGGGCAGGUUACCCAUAGGGAUCAGCUAUCCCCAGGUGCAGGUUACCCAUAGGGAUCAACUAACCCCAGGGGCAGGUUACCCAUAGGGAUCAGCUAACCACAGGGGCAGGUUACCCAUAGGGAUCCUCUAACCCCAGGGGCAGGUUACCCAUAGGGAUCAUCUAACCCCAGGGGCAGGUUACCCAUAGGGAUCAUCUAACCCCAGGUGCAGGUUACCCAUAGGGAUCAGCUAACCACAUAGGGAUCAUCUAACCACAGGGGCAGGUUACCCAUAGGGAUCAUCUAACCACAUAGGGAUCAUCUAACCACAGGGCAGGUUACCCAUAGGGAUCACCUAACCACAGGGGCAGGUUACCCAUAGGGAUCAGCUAACCACAGGCAGGCAGGUUAACCCAUAGGGAUCAGGGAUCAGCUACCCAUAGGGAUCAGCUAACCACAGGGGCAGGUUACCCAUAGGGAUCAUCUAACCACAGGGGCAGGUUACCCAUAGGGAUCAGCUAAUCCCAGGGGCAGGUUACCCAUAGGUAUCAGCUAACCACAUAGGGAUCAGCUAACCCCAGGGGCAGGUUACCUGUAGGGAUCAGCUAACCCCAGGGGCAGGUUACCCGUAGGGAUCAACUAACCCCAGGGGCAGGUUACCCGUAGGGAUCAGCUAACCCCAGGGGCAGGUUACCCAUAGGGAUCAGCUAACCACAGGGGUAGGUUACCCAUGGGGAUCCUCUAACCACAGGGGCAGGUUACCCAUGGGGAUCCUCUAACCACAGGGGCAGAUUACCCAUGGGGAUCCUCUAACCACAGGGGCAGGUUACCCAUGGGGAUCCUCUAACCACAGGGGCAGGUUACCCAUAGGGAUCAUCUAACCACAGGGGUAGGUUACCCAUAGGGAUCCUCUAACCCCAGGGGCAGGUUACCCGUAGGGAUCAUCUAACCCCAGGGGCAGGUUACCCGUAGGGAUCAGCUAACCCCAGGGGCAGGUUACCCGUAGGGAUCAGCUAACCCCAGGGGCAGGUUACCCGUAGGGAUCAGCUAACCCCAGGGGCAGGUUACCCGUAGGGAUCAGCUAUCCCCAGGGGCAGGUUACCCGUAGGGAUCAGCUAACCCCAGGGGCAGGUUACCCGUAGGGAUCAGCUAACCCCAGGGGCAGGUUACCCGUAGGGAUCAGCUAACCCCAGGGGCAGGUUACCCGUAGGGAUCAGCUAACCCCAGGGGCAGGUUACCCGUAGGGAUCAGCUAACCCCAGGGGCAGGUUACCCGUAGGGAUCAGCUAACCACAGGGGCAGGUUACCCGUAGGGAUCAUCUAACCACAGGCGUAGGUUACCCAUAGGGAUCCUCUAACCACAGGGGCAGGUUACCCAUGGGGAUCCUCUAACCACAGGGGCAGGUUACCCAUGGGGAUCAUCUAACCACAGGGGCAGGUUACCCAUAGGGAUCAUCUAACCACAGGGGCAGGUUACCCAUAGGGAUCAGCUGACCACAGGGGUAGUGUACCCCGUAGAGAUAAGCUACUCGCAGGGGUAGCUUACCAUAAACGCCAUAACAGCUUUCAGGAUACUUACCUUACUGGUACUCUGCUUUGGGGGGACUUCCUGCCCGCUCAGGCAGUUCCCCUCCAUCUGAAAGGCCCCUGCUAGCCAUGUAAUCGCUCUCACAAAGCAAUCCCCUGAUGAUGUUGGGGGGGAAUUAUAGCACAGAAAGAUAUAAAGAGGUGAAUUAUAAAUGAAAAGACAGUCAAAAUCUAGGGUUUGUUUUGAUAUGUAUACAAUUACCGCCGUCGUUAAGGGGACAGGGACACUGCAGCCAGACCACUUCAAUGAGAUGAAGUGGUCUGGGUGCCUAUAGUGUUCCUUUUACUAUGAAACUGCAAUGUUUUAAGUCGUAGGGUUAAAAUGACAGGACCAAUGCACCCAGACCACUUCAUUGACAUGGUCCUUUAACGAAUGUUCUUUGUGUGUCUCUCUGACAAUUGUUGGUUUCGGGGUAUAACAUUCUGUAACUCACCCACCUUCUGAUGCAGAUUCUUUGAUUUACUGCAGCGGAUAUCUAUGACAAGGUGGCGGCCGAAAUCGAGAAGAAUAAUGUGUACGACUGUGAAUGUCUUGGAGGAGGGAGAAUCAGUCAUUCGAGCAAGGACAAGAAAAUCCACAUCUACGGAUACUCUCUGGUGAAUAGCCAACUCGUCUUAAAUAUAAAUGGCUUUAUAUUCAAUAACUCACUGAGAUAGUAUCACAAGAAAUGUAUAACUGGCUUCACCUUUUGAAAGCAGUGAGCUGGGAGAAAGAAUGUGAAUUAAAACUGUAUUCUUAUUUUUUUUUUUUGGUUUAGUAUUUUUUGUAGAAUUCCCUUUGUGGUCAGUGAUGGCAAAAUGUGGAAAUGAAAUAACCGAAUAGCUGUCUUUUUUUGAAAUGCAUAUUUUCUAAUUACAAGUGAAAUAGACCCCAUUCAGUAAAAACAAUUUAUAGAUCUACUAUAACAUGGGGCUGUCCUGUUAAGACAAAAUCUCAUUUAAGGGCAUUGCAUUCUUGCCUUGCAGGGUUUCGGACGAGCAAGGCACGCUGUGUCUAUGGAAAAAAUCCAAGCCAAAUAUCCGGAUUAUAAAGUGACCUGGGCAGAUGAAGGAUAUUAA